GAUUGUUCAUCUCCCACGAUAGUUUUGCCAAGACUACCGAUACCGUGUCAUAUACUCAAGUCGUAUCUUCACUCACCCCACCCAGUCAUCAUGGAUUCGCUCAUUGCGCACCCAUCCAACGCCACCCAGGCAAAGACCUUUGUUGGUCCGGGCAGCUUGUCCUAUCCCAAUGGUGCCGAGCUGACCCCGCCCUCGUCUGAAAAGAAUGCGCUUCAGGAUGGCAAUGCCAAUGGCGUCGCAACCCCAGCGGCUACUCCCGACAACCAGAACUCGGCCUCUGGCAUUGUGCCGACGCUUCAGAAUAUCGUCGCUACGGUGAACCUGUCGGCACGUCUCGAUCUCAAGACCAUCGCCCUGCAUGCCCGUAAUGCUGAAUACAAUCCGAAGCGGUUCGCAGCCGUCAUCAUGAGGAUACGCGAGCCGAAGACGACCGCGCUCGUCUUCGCGAGUGGCAAAAUGGUUGUUACCGGUGCGAAGUCUGAAGACGACAGCCGCCUUGCAUCUCGCAAGUACGCUAGGAUCAUUCAAAAGCUGGGGUUUAAUGCCAAGUUCACCGACUUCAAGAUUCAGAAUAUCGUCGGCUCUUGCGACAUCAAGUUCCCAAUUCGUCUGGAGGGUCUGGCUAGCCGCCAUCAUACCUUCUCUUCAUAUGAACCCGAGCUUUUCCCAGGCUUGAUCUAUCGUAUGAUGAAGCCGAAGAUUGUCCUACUCAUCUUCGUCAGUGGCAAGAUUGUCCUGACCGGUGCCAAGGUCCGCGAGGAGAUUUACCAGGCCUUUGAGCUCAUCUACCCCGUGCUCUCUGACUUCCGCAAGUCCUGAGUGGCCAACUAGCACUACCAAAGAUCGCGCUUUCCAUUUCUCAGGCGAAUGGUCGGCUUGUAUCUCUAUCUUCAUUCGGUCGAUUGUGGCUCCUCCCGAUUUAACGACGAGGUCUUGGCAAACUUCUCCAGCCCGACUGCAAGCUCCUUGCCGGCUAGCUCGAGAAGGAAGCCUUUUGACUCAAAAUUCCCCAUGUCUCUUUUCUCCCCACUUGUCUUUCUUGCGGCAUUGCAUGGAGUCCCGGAUGGUCCCUUCGGAUAUGGUGGCCACUUCUUUUCAUUGGUUUUCAAAACAUUCCCCACACCUUUAGAGCAGCACACCUCACCUCCCUCCUCGUGGUGCGCUCGGAGUUCAAUCUCCACCUAAUUUGUCAUGGAGAUGGAGUGUUCUUUCUUUAGCCUUUUCUACCCCGAACAUGAAUAGGGUGGGUGUGGAAAGGUGUCUCGGCGAGACU